UCCUUGAGUUUGGACCCUUGGACACGUUCCCGGAUUCGGGAAGUUGUUGUCUUUUGUCAGUCGAGCUGCACGCGUGAAGGUUCCUUAAAGAGCACGAAUUUAGCACUCGUUGGAGCAACAAAAUACAAACAUGCUCCUAUACACCCGACUGUGUCUGGUUGUUUUACUAAGCGCUGCUGCCGGCGGUUCCUCCUCCGCAGCGGACAAGCUGACCGCCGCCACCGCGUACUGGGACCCCACCCAGAAGACGGUCCGGCUGAAGGAGGGCACGCUGGAGUCCACGGGGGAUGCCUACGGCUACCUCAACGACACCCUGCUGACCACCGGCUGGGGGGUGCUGGAGAUCCGGGCGGGGUAUGGCCAGAGCCUCCAGCCCGAUGACAUCACCUUCUUUCUGGCCGGCUACCUGGAAGGCUACCUCACCGCCCAGCAGAUCAUGGACCACUACACCAACAUGUAUCCUCAACUCAUCCAAAGCCCAGAGGUCCUGAGCAAAGUGCAGAAGUUCAUGAAGCAGCAGGACGAGUGGAGCCGGGAGCAGGUGCGGCUGAACCAGAGCUCCGACCCCCUGUGGAGGCACACCGGCUUCAUCCUGGCCCAGAUGGACGGGCUGCAGGCGGGCGUGGCCCACUGGGCCAAGCAGCACGGACAGCAGCCCCUGUCGCUGUUCGCCAUCCAGUUCCUUAACGCGGUGGGGGACCUGCUGGACCUGAUCCCGGCUCUGGCCCCGGGGGUCCGCCCCCCCAUGGGGGGCCUCCGCUGGCCGGAGAUGGGCCACUGCUCCGCUCUCAUCAAGAUGUCGCCUGGCUUUGAGAACCUGUUCUUCGCCCACUCCAGCUGGUACACCUACGCCGCCACCUCGCGGAUCUACAAGCACUGGGACUUCAACGUCCGCGACGCGCACGCCGCCACGGGACAGCUGUCCUUCAGCAGCUACCCUGGGUUCCUGGUGUCUCUGGACGACUUCUACCUGCUGGGCAGCGGCCUGAUGAUGACCCAGACCACCAACAACAUGUUCAACGCCUCGCUGUACGCCCUGGUGACCCCCAAGAGCCUGCUGGCAUGGCAGAGGGUCCGGCUAGCCCACAGCCUGGCGCGCACCGGCCAGGAGUGGGCUGAAACCUUCGCCAAGCACAACUCGGGAACGUACAACAACCAGUACAUGGUGGUGGACCGCCACCGGGUGAAGCUGGGCCGCUGGGUGGAGGACGGAGCGCUGACCGUGGUGGAGCAGAUCCCCGGCCUGGUGGAGUACUCUGACCAGAGCCAGGCCCUGCGCCGAGGCUACUGGCCGUCCUACAACGUCCCGUUCCACCGCAGGAUCUACGAGCUGAGUGGCUACCCCGCCGCCGUCGAGCAGUUUGGGGACAUCUUCUCCUACGACCUUUGCCCCCGCGCCAAGAUCUUCCGCCGGGACCAGGGGCGGGUCACGGACCUGGACUCCCUCAAACACAUCAUGCGCUUUAACGAAUACAAGACAGACCCGUACUCUGAGGGCGACGCCUGCAAGACCAUCUGUUGCCGGGGCGACCUGCUGGAGUCGAAGCCCAUGCCGGGCGGUUGCUAUGACACCAAGGUGACAGACUUCCCCAUGGCGGGGGAGUUCCAGGUAGAGGCGGUCAACGGUCCGACCACACAGGGGGGUCUGCCAGCCUUUGCCUGGAGCGGCCCCUUCAACGCAACUCUGCACCAGGGCCUGCCCCCGUCCUACAACUACACCUUCAUCGUUAUGAGGCCCAUCCUCUUCACACCCUGAGGAGCGCGUGCGCGCGUGUGUGAGUGCGUGUGUAUGUCUUUGUGCGUGCGUGUAUGUGUGUGCGUGCGUUUAUGUGUGUGUGUCUUAACACGACCAACAUUGAAGGAACUCUUUCUGUAUGAUAUGAAAUCCGCAUAAUCAACAGAAAGUAUUUUUCUCAGGGGAUAAAGUACACCAAAGUGCAUUAAAUGGAGACAAUCUUUUGCUGUC